AUGAUACGGUGUGAUGGUGAAGAGGCAGAUGAUGACGAUGAAGGUGAUUGUGAUCGUGAAGUAGCUUUUGGUUGUUGCAAUGGUGAUUUUGCUGAUGAUGGAUUACAAAAAUUGAUAGAGUACUUUAUAGAGUCAGCAGGAUCUACUGACGGAUCAAUGAGUUGGCGAUUGUAG